AUGGAGUCUACCGUUAGCAGCGGUGAUCCGUUGCCAUGUGGCGUAUCCAGAGACGACGACGACGACGACGGUUUCUCUUCUUCUGUUGAUCCGAAAACCUUACCCGUUCCGGUUCCUGUUGAUCCGAAACUCGCCGCUGAUCCGUUGCCAUGUGGCGUAUCCAGAGACUACGACGACGAUGAUGUCUCUUCUUCUGUUGAUCCGGAAACCUUACCUGUUCCAGCAGCGGUUGAUCCUGGCAAGGUGGGUGCUAAAUCCGGCCAGUCUUCCCCUGUGAAAACCUUCCGACUUCGCCCCAAAAAGUAUCUUUCUCAUGAUAUCCACCUCGACAACGGUGGGGAAAUCGUGAAUCCUGACAAAAUUUGGUAUGAGUAUGAGGAACUGUCUACUGAUCAGGAGUUUACUAGCUGGAAUUUGUCUUUACUAGAGCCACGUGGAUAUGAAUUUGAGUUCGGAUUCCCAAUUUUUGGUUUUAUCUUUGGGAGAGGAGAGGUUAUGGUAGCCGUUAAUCAUUCCAAACACGGAUUCGUCCCCAACAUUAUUGCGCUUAGUUCUCACAUGAUUGCCACAGUCACUGGCGAGGAUACUUCGUUGCUGUCUCAUUUGAAAUGGAAGUGCUACCAGUGGGAACAGCAGCAGGGAAAACGAAUUCCUGCUCUUAAGGCAGCAGAAUUGAUGGCCGAGGCUCUGACUUCUCGCGGGGAUGUGGGACUGAUUGCUGGGUGGGAGUAUGGGUGGGACAGUGACUAUGAAAUGGGUCCUCAAUUGUAUCGAGUUGACCGUACAGGGUUAAUUAUCAAAGGUAGAAGGUUGCCUUCUGGAUCAGGAGUUCCACUUGCUUAUGCCUUCUCAGACGUGGAUGAGCUGAUUGAUAUGAAAUGGAGGGUGGCUGCUCAUGAGCCUAACAAGUAUUUUCCGGCUUUUCCAUAUGAUGAGAAAUAUAAGGACUGGUCUGUUUGGUCUCUAAACGAAGCUGCUUGGUUUGCCGGAAAAGUGAUAGGCGAGGUUGCAUCUGAUCCUCGUUAUGGCGGUGCUGGUUUCAUUAGUGUGUACCAUGUAGGACCUGCUGAGUGGUCGACGGUCAGUUAUGGCAGAGGUGUAGAACCAUUCUUUUAG